AUGCGGGUAAAUCAGAAGUAGCAGUCAUUGAUUCAAGCCAAAGGUUUCUUUUUUACAGAAGAACAAUGAUGGGUUCGAGAAUCAAAAUCUCAGCUCUGGGUGUUACUAUGCUUCUGCUGUUGAUUGCCCCAGCUUCCAACGCUGCCAUUUCGUGCAGUGUUGUGAUAAAGGACCUGAGGCCUUGCGUGAACUAUCUUACGAAGGGGAGCGGAAAACCACCGUCCGCUUGUUGUGCGGGAGCCUCCGCUCUGGCAUCCGCCACCUCGUCGUCUGCCGACAAGAAGGCUGCUUGUGAAUGCAUCAAAUCAGCGUCUAAGAAUAUUAAACCCAAUAACCAGCUAGCUCAGGCUCUUCCUUCUAAUUGUGGAAUCACUUUGCCCGUCACCAUUUCACCAAAUGUCGAUUGUUCCAAGGUUGGUUGAGAGCUUGGAAGCUGAAACUGGGAUGAAGUAAUUAAAAAACUCCAUUGUAGAAGCUCAAUUGUUUUGCUUAUCAAUAAACUGGAAUCCUCCUGUCUUGGAAUUUGGAUUCCUUGGGUGAAUAAAAGUUUAAUGCUACCAUCUAUUUGUUUUCCUCUUUUUCAGGGUUCAUAUAUAUGAGAUGAUCAUGUUGUGUAUUCAAA